UGUGUGUGUGUGUGCGUGAGUGAGUGUGUGUGUGUGUGUGUGUGUGUGUGUGUGCGUGUGUGUGUGUGUGUGUGUGUGAUGAUUGUGUGUGUGUGUGUGAGUGUGAGUGUGUGUGUGUGUGUGUGUGUGUGUGUGUGUGUGUGUGCGUGAGUGAGUGUGUGUGUGUGUGUGUGUGUGUGUGUGUGUGCGUGAGUGUGUGUGUGUGUGUGUGUGUGAGUGAGUGUGUGUGAGUGUGUGUGAGUGUGUGUGUGUGUGUGUGUGUGUGUGUGUGCACACAUGGGACAGUUUGUUAUUUGUAUAUUUAUCUGUCAUAUUUAAUAUUUACAGUCUCGUACAGACAUUAUGUUUGCUCUUGCAAAGAUCUUAAUGGUUCAGCGUUGCGGCUCUUUGAUUGGAAAUUCUUAGAAACUGAAAACGUUUAAAGGAAUGGCUGAAAAUUCUGUCAUCAUAUACUCACCCUCAUGUCGUUCGUAACCGGUAUGACCGUUCAUCGGUGGAACACAAAAGGUGUUUAGCAGAAUGUUUAUGCUUCGUAGUGACCACGAAUGUCAAACGCACCAUAACCGUUUCAUAAUAGUAGUUCCUGUGACGCUGUAUUCCAAGUCUUCUGAAGUCAUACAGUAAAUGUGAUUCUGUUGCGAGUCGUUAUUUACUGAAAGUGUUGUGCAUGAUGACACAUGAGUAACAGUGACAUCAGUCUCGUGCUGCGCAUCUAAAUGCAACAUUUCAUUUUCACUUCAACACAAUCACAAACGUGAGGAAUAUUAUCAGUCAAUAACAGUCUUGCAUAGAAGCCCUGAAGCACAAGGUGCCUUCGGCCACAAAUUUCGCUCGGGCAAAGAAAUUAUUUUAAAAAAAUUCCUCUCUGAAAAUGUUUUUCUCAGGCCACAAAAAAAAUUAUCUGAUUUAUUAUUUAUUUUUUUCUCUGAAAUUGUUUUUUUUUCUUCACUAGAGGAUGCACAGACACAUGAGGAUUUUCUUUUCUUCCUAGCUAACAAUUAGCAUGUGGUACCAACUUCUGCCAGCAGAUGGCACUAUCAGUUAGCAUGACAUCUGCUGACAGGUAAUAUCUGUUCAUUUAUACAUUUAUAGUUAUAAUAUUGUACAAUAACAUGAAUGUUUUGCAAAUAUAAAUCAAGAUUUUUUUUUAGACAUUCUUCUGAUACAUGAAAUCUCACAAUAUGUUUACAAUAUACAUAAGCUUCAUAUAGGGGGAGUAAAUACAUAUGGGAAUAUGAAUACUGCUAUUGAUAUUGAUGCUUUUUUAAAUUGUUGGUGCAUGUAAACAUCUGUUACAUUGAUGUCUUCACCAUUGUGACACCUCUAUGUGUUCCUCUAUGUGUUCCUCUAUGUGUUCCUCUAUGUGUUCCUCUAUGUUCCUCUAUGUGUUCCUCUAUGUGUUCCUAUGUGUUCCUCUAUGUGUUCCUCUGUGUGUUCCUCUAUGUGUUCCUCUGUGUUCCUCUAUGUGUUCCUCUAUGUGUUCCUCUGUGUUCCUCUAUGUGUUCCUCUAUGUGUUCCUCUAUGUGUUCCUAUGUGUUCCUCUGUGUGUUCCUCUAUGUGUUCCUCUGUGUGUUCCUCUAUGUGUUCCUCUAUGUGUUCCUCUAUGUGUUCCUCUAUGUGUUCCUCUGUGUGUUCCUCUAUGUGUUCCUCUAUGUGUUCCUCUGUGUGUUCCUCUAUGUGUUCCUCUAUGUGUUCCUCUAUGUGUUCCUGUGUGUCCUCUGUGUGUUCCUCUAUGUGUUCCUCUCUGUGUUCCUCUGUGUUCCUCUUGUGUUCCUCUCUGUGUUCCUCUAUGUGUUCCUCUGUGUUCCUCUAUGUGUUCCUCUAUGUGUUCCUCUAUGUGUUCCUCAGUGUGUUCCUCUGUGUUCCUCUAUGUGUUCCUCUGUGUUCCUCUAUGUUCCUCUAUGUGUUCUUCUAUGUGUUCCUCUAUGUUCCUCUGUGUGUUCCUCUAUGUUCCUCUGUGUGUUCCUCGGUGUGUUCCUCUAUGUGUUCCUCUAUGUGUUCCUCUGUGUUCCUCUAUGUUCCUCUAUGUGUUCCUCUGUGUGUUCCUCUCUGUUCCUCUCUGUGUUCCUCUGUGUUCCUCUGUGUUCCUCUAUGUGUUCCUCUGUGUUCCUCUAUGUUCCUCUAUGUGUUCCUCUGUGUGUUCCUCUGUGUGUUCCUCUCUGUUCCUCUCUGUGUUCCUCUGUGUUCCACUCUGUUCCUCUAUGUGUUCCUCUGUAUGCCUCUAUGUGUUCCUCUAUGAAACAUGUGGUUCAUUUCAUUGUGUUUUCAUAUAUUGCAAGACCGUUUGUUGUCUAACAUUGUUUUUUAUUUUGUAAAAUAUAAUUUUCACCUUGUCAGAAUAAGAUGUUAUGGUUACUGAUAGUGGCACCUGGUGGCCGAGUUUGGAACCACAUGAUAAUUUAAAAGAAAAAUUCUAUUUUCUGUUGCCACUGAAGAAUAUUUUUACAGAAAAACUCAUUUUCAAAGAGGAAAAAAAAUAUUUUCAGAGAAAAAAAUUUAAAAAGAAAAAUUUAGGGGGAAAAUUCAAAGGAAAAAAACUAAAAUAGAAACAAAAGCUGACAAAAUAGGAAAAACAUCUGAGAAAAAUCAUUUUCAAAGAAAAAUUUAAAGAGAAUGAAAAAUUCAGUGAAAAAUUAUUCAGUGAAAAAUUAUUCAGACAAAAAAAAGACAAAAUAAUUUCAGAGAAAAAAAUUAAAAGAAAAUUCAGAGUGAAAAAAAAUUCAAGAAAAAAAAAAUGCCAAGAUUAAGAAAUUUUAUAAGAGUAUAAAAAUUCAGAGAAAAUUUUUUUCAGAGAAAAAGAGAAAUAAAACCAGUCAAAAACAUUCAGACAAAAAAAGGUAAUAAAAAACUAGAGAAACAAAAUCUGACAAAAUAAUAAUAAAGAGAAUUUUCAAAGAAAAAAAUCAAAGAAAGAAAAAUUCAGAGUGAAAUAAAUUUUAAGAGAAAAUAAAAUAGAGAAACAAUCUCAGAAAAAAAAAUAAUAAGACAAAAAAUCUGAAAAAAAUUCGGAGAGAAUAAAACUUCAGAGAAAAAUUAUUUCAGUGAAAAGAACAUUUCAGAAAAAAAUCUUCAUAAGAAAAACAAAAUAUGGAAUAAAAAACAUUCCAUAGAAAAAGUGUUUUUCCUGAGAAUAAAAGGCGGGACAGAAUGAGGAAGGCUCUGUUCACUAGAUUUAUAUGUUCCUCUGCAGUUCAGGGCUUCCGUACAACAUCAUAAAACCUUGUUCUUCACACGAAUGAGUCGAUGAGACACUGAAACUCUUUCUGUUGACUAUUUACAAUAAUAGCAGAGAGUAAACGUCUCUGUUGGGAUUAUUUAACAGUGUCUUUAAUAUCAGCACGGGACGUUUUGCAUGUAUGUUUCAAUUCUUCUAAAUAUUCGUUUCAACUUCAUUUGCCACAUUAUAUCGUUUUGCCAUUUUUACUGUUAAACUUGUUUUAAGUUAAUAUUUGUGUUUGACUGUCCUAUUUAUGUUUUUUUUUUCUCAUAAUAAAAACUCAUAUCUAAUGUCCUCCUAUCGUGUCCUCGCGUCCUGUGCGGGAAAUGCAUCUCAAAUGGAAUUAUAUACCUCUUAUAUACAUGACAUGUCGAAUGAAGUGACACAAGGGCUCUUCCUCGAGAGCCUCGUGUACCGCUGAACUUGAGAAAUGGCCAAUGAGAAAUUGGCAGACGCCCCUCGGACAGACGGGUAUAAAGGGAAGCGGGCGUGCAACAGCAAGCUGAGUCUCACUACUGGUCAUAAGAGCUGCCUCGCGUUCCUGGGCUGCGAUCACACGCAGGCAGCGUUUUAUGAAUGGUUAAUUUUCUCAGUGCGAGAACAUAGCCAUGGCAAGGUUACGCGCCUCCUUCCUAUGGGAUUGGGGCCAGCGCGGCUGGUGAUGAAGGCGAUUUGGGGCAUACAGCGAGCUCUGUUUCGCCGGGUAAAUCCCCAUGAACCACCCGGCCCCCCAGCACGCUCGUUUGCUUCCGUUCAGGCUCGAGGUGAGGGCGGAUUGCCUCAUGGCCAGUCUGUUUACUCUCUCGGACCCCUCGAGUUGGAUGAUGAUUUGUCUGAUGCUGAUGACUCGUCUGUGCUGCCACCUUCGGGUCUGCUCGCCCAGUCUGAGGCUGACGCACGGAUGUCCGCUGUGCUUUCCCAGGCUGAGCGCGAGGCUGGACUGGAAACUUCCAUCCACCCCCUCACCCCUCACGGCUAGUUGAUAGGUUCCUCGGGUCAGGACGGCCCUCAUAGCCACGCCUCAGCAUGGUCCGCACCCGUUUGCCCACCGAGGGCAUUCCCCUGCGUCCAAGCAACAGGCAGCUCCACCUCAACCCGGCCCAGCUCUCAGCCCCAGCAUCGAGCACCUCGCAGGCAGCGCAUGCCCCCCGUCUCCAGGACUUCCUCUAGGACCUGAAAGGCUCCUAAGCACUCCUGAGACGGAAGACCCAGGGAGUCGUUCGCUCCAGAGCUGGUACCAAGACCACUCCGUUCCCCGGUGGAGGGCCGGCAGAAAAAUCCUUGUUUUUCCACAUUGUUAAUAAAAGACCGAUUUCCCCACUUCCUGGGUCAUCCAGCCAGUGUGUGCCAUUCUCACGGCGCCCCAGCUCCAAAAUCAUACAGUCCCGGUUCUCCGGACGCAGUCACCUCGCCUCCGGACCCGUGACUGCCCAGCCCCAGCAGGCCAGUGCUGACGAGUUCCGAAGAUGCCUUUUUAGGACCUCUUCCUCAGUCUCUAACCUGCCCCCUUCCGGGAGCGCGGAGCAAGGUAAGUGCUUUGAGUCUUUUCUCAGCACCCAAGCCUCGUGACACGCUUUUGCCUCCCGAUGCGCUAUUUCCUCCUCCCCCCUGCCUCACUCUCUCUUCGAGCCCAGCACGGCGGUUCCUCUAAAACAAUUCCAGAGGCUCCUGGGGCAUAUGGCAUCCUCAGCUGCGGUCGCGUUGCUCAGGUUGAUGCAUAUGAGACCACUAAAGCACUGGCUUCAGACUUGAGUCCCGAGAUGGGCAUUGCACCAUGGCACAUACCGUGUGUUAAUCACCCCCUCUUGCCAUCAGACUUUCAACCCUUGGACAGACCUCUGUUUUCUGCAGACUGGUGUCCCCCUAUAGCAGGUGUCCAGACGUGUCGUGGUCAUCACAGACGCCUCUCAACUGGGUUGGGGCACCGUGUGCAAUGGGCACGCUGCCGCUGGCUCCUGGAUAGGGCCCUGGCUGCAUUGGCACAUCAACUGCCUGGAGUUGCUGGCUGAAUUCCUUGCCCUGCUGAGGUUUCUCCCGCCGAUCCGAGGCAAGCACAUCUUGAUCCAUUGAAGGUGUAUGUAGCUGCUAUCGCAGCCCACCACGACGCAGUGGGCGGCAAGUCCUUGGGUCACUCAGUGGUCCUUUUGGGCCUUCAGAGACCCCCCUUCGAUUUAGUUGGGCUCAAGACCCUCUCCUUGAAGACAGCCCUCCUGAUAGCGCUAGCUUCCAUCAAGAGGGUUGGGGACCUGCAAGCGUUCUCUCUCAUCGACACUUGCCUGGAGUUCGGUCCGGCACAUACUCAUGUUAUCCUGAGACCGUGACCGGUCUACGUGCCCAAGGUUCCUACGACCCCCUUUAGGGACCAGGUUGUGAACCUGCAAGCAAGCUGCCCUAGGAGGAGGCAGACCCAGCCUUUUCGUUGCUGUGUCCGGUACAUGCUUUGUGCAUCUAUUUGGACCACAUGCAGAGCUGUAGAUGCUUCGGCGGACAGCGGAAAGGGAACGCUGUCUUCAAACUGAGACUGCCCGCUGGGUCGUCGAUGCCAUUUCCUUGGCCUUUCUCAGGCCGUGCCCACCCCCUGCGGGUUCGAGCACACUCGAUGAGAAGUGUGGCAUCCUCAUGGGCACUGGCCAACGGCACCUCCCUAGCAGACAUCUGCAGAGCAGCGGGCUGGGCAACACCGAUACCUUUUGCGAGAUUUUACAAUCUCAGGGUUGAGUCGGUCUCGUCUCGUGUUUUGCCAGGUCCGAGCCGGUAGAACUCGGUAAUGCUUGCACCUAGUGCCCUUCACCAAGUUGAUCCAGUGCACUUUCUCUCCCAAGCUAUCCACACGUUGCUUCCUUCCUAGCCUUCUGGCCUACGAAUUCAGCGAAGCAAUUUGCGACCAGACCCAAUACGAGCCACAAUUGUUCUGUACUGAGGUAGGGCUUUACAGGCUCCCUCUAGUCUUGGCAGGAUGUGGCCUCCGCAGGGUCUUUUCCCCCUGAAAGAAUAGGAUCGAGAAAGACCGCCUUAACCGACGCAUUUCAUAGCGUUAAGAUAGCCCCAGCCAUUUCACACUCUAUGUGAGAGACAUAGAGACAGAAAAGGUCUUGGCUGCCGGGCUUGCUUCCAUUCUGGUCAUGUAGCACCUGUUCCCCCCCUCAGGGGUGCUGGGAACCUAAGGUCUCUAUAUGACACCUUUUCUGGGGGCGUUGGGGAGGCUUACGUGUAGCCGACAUAGUUGCUUCUAGCAAGUUCACGUAACACGGGCUAGUGCAUGGCGCUUUUGAACGGGAUCCCUUGUGUCACUUCAUUCGACACAGCGUUACUGUUGUAACCUCAUUCCCUGAGGGAGGGAACAAGACGUUGUGUUCCCUUUGCCACGACACUAGACCUACCACUGUAACCAGCUGUACCUUAUUCUCGGCUCCUCAGUUUAUAAACCUGACUGACACGCCCGCUUCCCUUUAUACCCGUAUGUCCAGGGGCGGGACAUGCAAAUUCUGUCUGCCGAUUUCUCAUUGGCCUUUUCUCAAGUUCAGAGGUACGCGAGGCUCCCAAGGAAGACCCCUUGUGUCACUUCAUUCAAAACAACGUCUCAUUCCCACCCUCAGAGAACGGAGGUUACAGCAGUAACCGUGACUGUUAUCAGAUGUUCAGAUUAUCGUUCGGUGCAUCUCACAGAGGUGAUGAGAGGACACAGUUAAUUUGGGAAUGCCACUGAAACAGGAAAUCUUUAAAAACACCUUCAGAGCUUAAAGGGUUAAAACAUGACAAACGUCGUCUUGUCAUCCUGUUUGUUCCAGUCAUAGAAGUAAAAACACACAAACACAAAUGGACACUUUGGUUUCUAAUUACGAAUUUCUAAUUACAACCAAUGCUGAAAUAUUCAGUGUGUGUGUUGAUCUGAAUCAGACGCUCUGAGAUUUUAUUGAUCUUUAUUUGAUUUUUUUAUGGUUUAUAUACACAGCAGAAGUAUUCAUGAAACAUGGCGUGCAUUGGAGCCGAGAAACUACAGCAUAUUUAUAUUAUUAUUUACAAAACACUUUCAUAAUUUUUUAAAAUGCUAGCUUUAAAAAAUCAUCUGACAAUCCCAACAUUUUUUAUUUAUUUACUUCCCCUUAAAUGAACUAGAAGUGGUUUAACUAUGCUUGUGUUGGGGGUCACACACACACACUCGCACACUCUCGUACACACACACAGACACACAUACACACACACACACUCUCACACACACACUCUCACACACACACUCACAGAAACACAUACACACACACACACACACUCUCGUACACACACACAGACACACAUACACACACACUCUCACACACACACUCACAGAAACACAUAUACACACACACACACACAUACACACACAUAGCACAUUCAUACACACUCACACACACACACACACACACACUCUCACACACACACACACACACACACUCACUCUCACACACUCACAGAUACACAUAUACACACACACACUCUCACACACAGACACACACAUAGACAUUCAUACACACUCUCACACACACACACUCUCAUACACUCUCAUACACACACACACACUCACAUACACACUACACAUACACUCACAUACACACUAACAUACACACACGCACACACUCACAUACACACUAACAUACACACACACACACACUCACAUACACACUAACAUACACACACGCACACACUCACAUACACACUAACAUACACACACACACUAACAUACACACAAGCUGUUUGAAGGUCUGCGACUGAAGUCAACAUGAUUUGAUAGUUUUGUGUCUGUAAUGUGUUUCCGAGUGAAACCGGAUGUUCAGUUUGAUCAGUUGGAUGUGUGACGUGGGAUUAUCAUGAGUUCCUCUGAAAGGUUUUCUUGAGAAAAACGUCCUAAAGCUUGUCUGGACUCAACAGCGACACGUAUUUCACUAAAUCAAGAAUUAAUUUAAUUAAUUGAGGUUUAAAGGCAGAAAUGUGACGUUUAUAAUUUAAUUUUGAUUCUGAUGUUAAAUCUCGAGUAUUAUUUGAGCUGUAAAUUGUCUCUGUCUUCACACAGAUGUGGUUAUUAAGUGAUUUAAUGACAGUAAAAUCAUGUUAACACACAUAUUGUUUAUGUCUUGUGUCUAUACUUGUGAAAGGUUACACAUUGGCCUCUUUCACUUCCAUUGAUUUUGUGGCAAUCAACAUUAUGAAUCCGGAAUAUUCCUAAAUACUGUACAGAUGUGUCAGUAACAUCUGCAGGAAUCAGAUCUGAUCAACACAUAAAACAUGAUGAAAUGGGCAAUAGAUACACACACAGACACACACACACAGACACAUACACACACACACACACACAUAUUUACUCUAAAUACAU